AUGAUCACUUAUUUACAACACCAUGACGAACAGACUGAAGUUUAUGAAGAUGGAACGUGGGGGUUUGUGAAAGGACAGUUACAGACAGUUGAUAGAUCUUUUGGAUUUGGAAUAGACAAAGCAAUGCAUAACAUAACUGACGGCCAUGUAGCCCACCACCUCUUUUUUACGCGUAUUCCACAUUACAAUUUACCUAAAGCUACAGAAGCAGUUAAAAGAAUAUUAAUGGAAAAAUACCCGGGAACAUAUAAAUACAAAAAAUCAUAUGACUUUUUACUUGAAUUUUUAUGGUAA